GCACCACUGCACUACACGUGUUUGAAAAGCCGCAUUUUCCCUUCGGCUUUGCUUCGAUUAGUUUGCAUUUUGGUGUGUGCUUCAUUUUGUGAUAUUUUACGUGAAAUUAGUGGAUCAAUUUACGAUCAAACUCUGCAAGAGUGAUCUAGAUAACAAAUCCAACAAAAAUUCCAGUGAAUUUCUUGAAGUUCACAUCGUUUUUCAUGGAAUUGAGUGUAAACAAAAUACGGCGCUCCGUCGUGCAGUUGCGCGAGCAUCUGCGGUCGGCGUCGCAAACAGCUGAUGAAGACAGGGUGUUGCUAAAGUUCCUAAAGUCAAAGGACCCCAAUGAAAAAGAGGUUGAAGCACUUUUCACCUAUUUGAGUGACCAUAUCAUAGAAGAAAGAUGGACCACGGCCAUAGCUACUUCUUUUGAAUAUGUCUUGUUGCUAUUAAUUACACGCAGUAUUCCAUACGAUGAGCAUGUUGACCAAAGUGACUUUGAAACCUAUCAGAAAAAAUGUAUUGCCCUGGCCAUCAUGAUGCGCUUAUCUGUUGAUGCAAAACGUUAUGCUAUCAGCUAUUUUCGUGACAAACCGGCACCGUUUCAAUGCCCUACUUUGGCCGAAGGCUCUUUGGCCAGCAAACGUUCUAAGCAUAUAACUGCUAUAACCUCCCUUGACAUCGUAAAAUGCUGUUAUCAUCUAUUGUGCGCCAAUCCAGUAUUUUUCAAAGAUUUGUGGAAUUGGUCCGUAUUUCUCGAGCAAUAUGUUGAUUGUGGAAAAGAAGAUGACUUACAUCAACUCUAUUGCAACCACAUUAUUGCUGUAAUUACAAAUAUGACGGCCGCGCAAUUGCAAAAUAUUAGUGCCCAAUUGCCGCCUGCGGUGUUGUUGGAAUUUGAUGAAGAGCAAAAUAUACGUCCUCCAUACAAAAACAUUUUCUCUGAAGACUUUGAAAAAGAUAAAAUAAUUACUUUGAAGAUAAAUUCAAACCUGAUCACCGAUAUUGAAGGUGUGCUGUUGCCUAUUUUUAAUAAGAAUAACUAUCAGUUUUAUGCGAAUAACGACGGAUUAUACGAUACAAUAGUUAAAGUCGAUUCUACAAAAGUAAAUUUGCGUAGCAUUGCUUUGGGCAUAGCUUCGGCAAAAGCAAUAUGCCUUUCAGGACCAGUUGGCUGCGGUAAAACUACAUUGGUGGAAUUUUUGGCGCGUAAGACAGGCCGUAUUCAACCCAAGCCUAGUGAAAUAGAGCAAAAAAGCCAAGAAAAUCACGUUUUAAAUGGCAAAGAUGUUGUAAAUGGAAACGAUAAAUUAUCAACUGGAAGCAAAAGAAAACAUGGCCCGGAUAUUUUUAAUAAAUUUGGUGAAACUAUAGAUUCAGAUGGUGUCAGCUGUAAUGGUUUCUUGCGCAUUCAACUAGGCGAUCAAACUGAUAGCAAAAUGCUUUUGGGGCAAUAUCGCUGUACGGAUGUUCCUGGCGAAUUCAUUUGGCUGCCAGGUGUGCUGACGCAGGCUGUCAUGAAUGGCUAUUGGCUUCUUUUGGAAGAUUUGGAUUCGGCCACACAAGAUACCUAUACAAUCUUGAGUAGCUUGCUGGAAAACAACUACUUGAGUGUGCCAGGAUUUCGCGAUUGUGUAAAAAUUGAGCCUGGUUUCCAAUUAUUUGUAACUGUACGCACCAACAAAUCGUCAACGGGCACCGCCCAGAAAUCACUAUAUACACUGCUUGAAAAAUACUUAUAUACAGUUAAUAUUUUGCCACUUUCGCGCAAUGAGCUCUGCAAAGUGGUUAGCACGAAUUACCCUAAAUUAGCCACGGUUGCUAAUCGUAUAGUGGAUGUAUUUCUUACAUUCUCCAGCGGAGAUCACACUGCGGCUGAUAAUUUGCGUCAACAAGAGUUUGCUGACAAGGCCGAUACCACUGAAAAAUAUAUCGCAUUGCCAUUCGAAAAGAUUUCACUCUCAUCGAUCCCGAACUCCGGCCGAUUAGUUUCUACACGGGAUCUUAUAAAACUUUGCCAGCGUUCCAAUCCAGCUUUUAGCGUAACUAGCUCCGAAUGCGCAUACUUUGUCUUUCAAAAUGCUGUUGAUGUUUUCUGCUCGUAUCUACCGCAAGGCAAAGAUAAAACCAAACUCAUUAUAAGCAUCGGUGCGAAAUUAGGAAUCAUUCAAUCGCGUUGCGAAUACUUCGCAAACGAGUAUAAACCUGACGUGUUAGUUAACAAAAACGGCAUAAAAGUUGGUCGCACCGAAUUAUUUGCUAAAUCACUGGUAGAUGAAUUCAGCAUUGAAUUAGAUAAUGUGGAAGAGGAUGCUGAGAGCGAAGGACCACAGGCUGUUAAGCGACCAAAACUAAACGAUAAUCUUAAUAGGCUUGAUAGUGAAAUUGCAGCGUUAAAACGCGCGCUGAAUGUUUCAACGCAUGCAACUUUUUCUUUUACGAGAAUGGCAUCUUGUAUUCUAGAGCGCAUAGCCGUGUGCGUGUCGCACGCUGAACCAGUGCUGCUUGUUGGUGAAACUGGGGUCGGCAAAACCUCAUCGGUACAGUAUUUGGCCGACAGAACAUGCCACAAAAUGGUUGUUGUCAAUAUGAACAAUCAGUCAGACGUUUCAGAUCUCAUUGGUGGAUUUAAACCAGUCGAUUUGACAUAUGUACUGAUCCCACUGCGGCUAGAGUUCGACACACUCUUCCACGGCACCUUUAAUGCUGCGAAAAAUCAGACAUUCCUGCACAAAAUGGAAAUUUGCUAUAAUCAAGGCAACUUCGCGGUUAUUGUUAAACUGAUGGUUAGUGUGAUCAACUCAGUUUUCAGCAAGGCAGAACGAAAUGAGUUGAAGGAAAAGGAAAUGGCCUUAUUACCACGUUGGCAGGCGCUAAAAGUUAGCGUGCUCAAGUUGAACACCCAAUUGAGCAAGUCAAUCAACAUUUCAUUUGCUUUCAUACCCGGUUCCUUAGUAAACUGCAUUAAAAACGGCGACUGGAUAUUGUUGGACGAAAUUAAUUUGGCUUCAGCGGAGAUGCUCGAAUGCUUGUCGACAAUUUUGGAGCCCGAUGGAUCGGUGGUGUUACUUGAAAGAGGCGAUUUUACACCGGUUAAGCGCCACCCCGACUUUCGUAUAUUCGCUUGUAUGAAUCCCAAUACAGAUAUAGGUAAGAAGGAUCUGCCGGUUGGCAUACGCAAUCGCUUCACAGAAUUCUUCGUUGAUGAGCUAACCACUGACAAUGAUCUAACGGUGCUUAUAAGUGAUUACCUGAAAACCACGGGCAUACAGCGGAAGAGUGUCACAAACUUGGUGCAAUUGUACAAAAAGCUUAAGCUAUUGUCCAAGUUAGAACUGAAUGAUGGUCUCGGCAAUCGUCCGGUAUUUUCAUUGCGUACUUUGUGUCGUUCGCUGCGCGUCUGUGCCAAGAAUUUGUGCGGUUCAGUGGAACGCAAUCUCUACGAGAGCUUUUGCAUGAGCUUCCUUACGCAACUAGAUCCUGCUUCACACAACGUGGUCUUACAUCUCAUACAGCAAGCGCUUUUAAGCAACGUCAAAGCUGUGCUUAACCAAAGCAUACCCAAACCAGGUGAAAAUUACUUAAAUUUCGAAGGCUACUGGAUACAACAAGGCCCCAAAGAACCCGAGGAGUAUGCCAGUUACAUUUUGACUAAAAGCGUAAAAGAAAACCUACGUGACUUGGCGCGCAUCAUCUCGAUUGGCAAGCUGCCGGUGUUGUUGCAGGGUCCCACAAGCGCUGGCAAGACAAGUUUGAUUGACUAUGUAGCGCGAUGCAGCGGCAACCAUUGCCUACGCAUUAACAACCACGAACACACGGACCUGCAAGAAUAUAUUGGCACUUAUGUAGCCGAUUUAACUGGUAAGUUGAGCUUUAAGGAAGGCGUCUUGGUGCAGGCUAUGCGCAACGGUUACUGGAUUAUAUUGGACGAGUUGAACUUGGCAUCCACCGACAUCUUGGAGGCUUUGAAUCGCGUCCUCGACGACAAUCGUGAACUCUUCAUACCUGAAACGCAGACCCUGGUAAAGGCGCAUCCAAAUUUCAUGCUAUUUGCCACCCAAAAUCCGCCUGGUUUGUAUGGUGGCCGAAAAACACUGUCGCGCGCAUUCAAGAAUCGCUUCAUCGAAUUGCAUUUCUCAGAAAUACCACGCGACGAGCUGGAAAUUAUUUUGGAAAAACGUUGCCUAAUACCAACAACAUAUGCCAAAAAGAUGGUGAUGUGCAUGUCCGACCUGCAGAAGAAUCGUAAGACCACCACUAAAAAUGUAUUCACCUUGCGCGAUCUAUUCCGCUGGGGUAAUCGUUACACUUACGCGGACAAGCGACUGCUAGAGGACUCAAAGUACGAUUGGAAUCAACACCUUAUCGAAGAAGGAUACUUGGUUUUGUCCGCAAAAGUACGUACAGACAUUGAAAUCGAAAUUAUCGAGGAGACCUUGUACAAGAACUUUCGGAAACGCGUUGAUCUAUCGACACUUUUCAAUGCCCAGGCUAGCGAGGAAGCGUGCUCGGCGGUGACGCGCAACAUUAUUGCUGCCAUCAAAACGUACAAGCUGCGCGCCGACAUUGUUUGGACACGCAAUAUGACGCGCAUGGCUGUGCUGACCGCCAAAGCUUUGGAGUUUAAUGAACCCGUUUUGCUUGUCGGUCCCACUGGCUGCGGAAAGACUACUGUUUGCCAGCUGCUAGCCAGCAUACGUGGCGUGCAACUGCGCAUACUCAAUUGUCAUAUGCACACAGAAGGCGCAGAUUUCUUAGGCGGCUUAAGGCCCUGUCGCGAUGCGAGCGCUGAUGAAAACACUGCAAAAAAAUUAUUCGAGUGGGCUGAUGGACCGCUUAUACUUGCUAUGCAGGAAGGCUCCUACUUCAUGGCUGAUGAAAUCUCUUUGGCUGAGGACUCAGUGCUAGAGCGGCUGAAUUGUAUUUUAGAACCGGAGCGCACUGUGUUGUUAGCAGAGAAGGGAGGCGUCAGUGACGCCGACAACGCAGCGGAUAUCGCCAAGGAUUUUGUUGUGCAAGCGAAGGAAGGCUUCCAGUUUCUGGCCACUAUGAACCCAGGUGGUGAUUUCGGUAAGAAGGAGCUUUCGCCAGCGCUGCGCAACCGUUUUACUGAAAUCUGGUGUCUUCCAUCUGAUACGAAAGAAGAUUUAGUACAAAUUGCCAGCAACUGUAUGCUGGAAAACUUGCAAGCAUCAGCAAGUGCAAGCAGAGAAGACAUAACGAAAAUCGCCAGUUAUCUCGUGGAAGUGGUGCUGCACAUGCGCGAUCUGGUGGAGAAGUUCAAAUAUUCUAUACGUGAUAUACUGGCGUGGGCCAACUACAUUGUCAGCAAUGCAAACUUGACAUUUCCGGAGCGCGCCAUAUUCGGUUUAGAGACAAUAUUCUUGGAUGCCUUGGAAAUGUUGCCCCAUGAGACUUUGGAAAAGGUUGAGUUGCUUAAGAAGCAGAUAAUCAAAUUUGCCAUCGAAAAAGCUGCUAGUAUUCUGAGCGAAAAGUUCACCUUCGCGGAUUUGGAAGAAAAGCGUGGCAAGGAUGUGAUACACAACGCUGAAAAAUUCGGCAUCAUGCCCUUUUUUAUACCAACCAACAGCAAUUCCAGCGCUGCCGUAAGCAAAAGUUUCUUAUUCGAAGCGCCAACAACUAAACAAAAUCUAUUUCGUCUGCUGUCCGCGCUCUCACUGCGCAAACCCAUACUCCUCGAAGGCCCACCGGGUGUCGGUAAAACAUCCACCGUCGAGAGCAUUGCCGCUGCUAUUGGCUAUCGCAUCGUGCGCAUAAAUCUCUGCGAGCACACCGAUCUGGCUGAUCUCUUUGGCACCGAUCUGCCGGCUGAAGAUAACAUUUUAGACACUGCUGCUGAAAAGGUCACAAGUGAGCAGGCAGGAUUUAGCGGCUCUUUUGUGUGGCGUGAUGGCCCAUUAUUGGCCGCACUAAAAGCGGACGACACCUGGAUAUUGUUGGAUGAGCUGAACUUGGCACCACAGUCAGUGCUGGAGGGCCUCAACGCUAUACUCGAUCAUCGUGGCGAGGUUUACAUACCUGAAUUGAAUAAGACAUUCACCCUCAGCAAGGAGACGCGCGUUUUUGCCUGUCAGAAUCCGCUUAAACAAGGCGGCGGCCGCAAGGGCUUACCGCAAUCAUUCUUGAAUCGUUUUAACAAGGUCUAUCUGCGCAAAUUGACCACACAGGACUUGCUGUUUGUUGUAAACGGCAAAUACGAAUCGCAUUUCAGAGAAAUGUGCGCCCAGUUUGCCAAAUUGCUUACCAACUGUAGCAUCGAGACAGGUACAAAUCUAUUUGAAUUUUACAAGAAGCCGUCUAGAGAACCGGCAACCGUCGAGUUUACCAACAAUGAAGCAAGCGUUGUGCCCGCAAUUGUACUAGAUGUAGCCAAGCGACUGGUACAGUUCUCCGAAAUGCUGGACAACGGCAUAGCGGCACUGGAGUUCGGCUAUAGGGGUGGACCGUACGAAAUAAACUUGCGUGACAUCUUACGCUGGUGUGACUUGCUAGUAAAUCCCGAAACUGGUUUCAUUUUCCAAACCGAUAAUUGCUCAGCAGCCACAACCCGUUUGGGGUUGUUUCGUAGAAAUUUCGAAAUCUUUUUGCUCACCCUCUUUGAGCGCAUGAAAUUGGUUUACUAUCAGCGCAUGCGCUGUGAAGAAGAUAAACGUUUCAUACGCAAUGCAUUCUCCAAGGUAUUUGACUGUGAUGCGGAUCAGUUGAACGCCAUCUCCGAAGAUGUGUCACUCUAUUGGACUGCUGAUAAAAUUUAUUUGAACGAUAUUGUGCUGGAACGCGAUGGGCAUGCGCAAGCACUGCGCCCACUUCGAAGCAAGGAUCUGUGCCCGAUUUUGCUGGCUUCGCAGCGUGAGAUGCUGAAGAAUGUCGUGGAGUGCAUGCGUAUGGAGAAGCCGGUGCUGCUCUGCGGGCCAACCGAUACGGGCAAGACUAAGCUGAUUGACCUUUUGUGCACGCUAUCGAAUCAAGUUUGCAAUACGGACACCAUCGAUGACUCUGUGACAGGCAGUUUUCAGCAGAUCGAUCUAAACCGGCACUUAGAAGAAACAUCGCAAAGCAUUGAAUCCGUGCUCGCUGCUCACCUACGUUUCAUGCUACUGGAGGAGAAAUCUAAAGCUUAUAAAAGUGUGGCCGAGCUGCUGCAGAUUUGGGGCGAUUACUGCAGGGAAUCCAAUGUGAAACUCGCUACUACCAAUGCCACAUCCAUGUCGGACGAGCUGAUGAGUUUCCGCAAGCGUAUACAACGUUUAGGUGUCGUAAUCGACAAACUAUUGCAAUCCGCAAGCGAUCAGUCCGCAACUUCAUACUCCAAAGACACUUUAGUCCAACAGCAGAGCAGGCUUAAUACGUUGGAAAAUCACGUACGCAAUGCUGAUUCGCUGAAUACUGGCGGCUCUUUCGAGUGGGUCGAUUCCAAAAUUGUUAAAUCACUCAAAUUCGGACAAUACAUUCUCUUGGAGCAUGUGAACUUGUGCUCUUCAGCCGUUUUGGAUCGUCUAAAUCCCGUUUUCGAACCUAAUGGCAAUCUGCUAAUAUCAGAGAAAGGUGUAUCGGCAAAUGAGAGCGCGGAAAUUGUCGAAAAGGCGCCAAACUUCCGCGCUUUUCUAACCAUCGACCCCAAAAAUGGCGAACUGUCGCGUGCCAUGCGCAACCGUUGUGUGGAGUUGGCAAUCGCCAAAGACACCUACAGCGUCGAUGACAUGCGUCUCAUUGUCUACUUGAAUGGUGUGCGUGGCAUGCGUGCGAUUAAUUGUAUCCUAAAUGUACACACGCGCUUUUUGCAUUCGACGGAAAUUAACAGCUUCAACAUCUCACAUCUCACACAAUUCGCCUUUCUGACUGCAUCAUAUGCGCGCAUCGGCUACGAUAUGGAACGCGCCAUCUAUGUAAGCGGCAUGGAAGUGUAUGUGUAUGCAGCAAACACUGACCUAAUGGGCUUCGGACUGGCUUAUUACCAGAAUCAAUUGCGUGAAAUUGUCUUGGAUGAAUGUCGAAAAUUCGGUGCAGGCGCAUCACCACAGAAUGAAGAUGAUAAUCGUUUGGCCGCUAUUUUGCUGCACAGCGAUGAGUUAGAUGCGCUCUCGUUAAUCAAAUUACAAGCUGAGCCACUCAGCAGCCUGCUUUGUUUUGGCGAACGCGCGCAAUCCGCACUAACAGAAGUCUUUGCCGAUUUUGCGAGCGUAGACUUUUCGAGAGUAGACACACAAGAAAUUAUAAGAUAUUGCAUUUAUAUGUUGUACGAAUCAAGCUCGAUUGGCGACGCUGAAUUGCGUUAUCUCUACAUAGACAAGCUGCUGAGUUCGGCGCCAUCUCUGCGACAGUUGUCAAAGUCCCUCUUUGCCUGCAUUAAACACAUUAGCGCGCAAUUCGACUCCGCAUUGCAUCAAUUGCCAUGGAAUAAUAAGCUAUUUUCGCGCAUACGCGCCUAUGCUACGCAACCGGCAGAUGCAAAAAAUCACAAGAGCUUUUGCCUGAGCGCACAACUUGUUGCGCACUUGUUGCUGCAGCCCAUGCCAGAGCGUAUGGUAAGCAACAUCAAUGACAUGGACGCGUUCACCUACUCACUGACCGUUGCAGCAAAUAAAGCGCUAGAUCGCUACGACAAUGUGCUGCUGCAAAAUCUCUCUACUCUCCUUGCGCGCAUGCGUGAAGUGCUGAGCGCGACACUGGAUUACGCGCACAUUGACGUGCACACAUUUUCGGCUAUAAUUACGGCUUAUAUGUGGCCAAAUCGCUUAUUGGCCAUGUCUCAGCAAAAGUUGGUGGUGAACAAAGUGCUGAAUAGGAAUCUAAUGGAUAAGCUAGUGUUGCAUUUCAAAUGGCUAGAGAAAAAUUUGCUUCAGUUACUGACUACAAUGCUGCCUAAUUAUUGCCAAUUGAAUGCUGAGUUCAACAACAGUCUGCAGAAAAUCAAUAAUUAUGUGCUGAGCAUAAAACUGCCGCUCAAUUUGAUGCGCAAAGUCUACAAUAAAAAUCUAAUACAUUUCGCGCCUUUCUAUCAGGAGGAACAGAUCCAGUUUUACAAGUUGGUGCGGCAGCUGGAUCAGCUACUCACUGUAGUGCCAUCAUACGGUAGUCAUGCGCCGGAAAUCGUACUAAAGAAAUUCUUUGCGCAGAAAUCCGAUAAUGCUAAGCGCGCACGCGCCAUUGUCAAUACUUAUAUAGAACAGCGCAUCAACACCAAUGCCAAGCAAAUCCAAAUAGAGCAAACACAAAGCGCUAAAGUUCCGGAAACGCUUCAUACGGCGUUAUUGGAGUUUUCAAAUGCUGCUUUGGAAAGUGUUAAUUGGUCGCUUGAGCACUUAGUUGCUCUACAAACUGAAGUGGAAGCCUUGCAAAAAGUCGUGAAUUCGAGGGAAGACUUGGCUACAGAGUUACAGCCAAAGGAAUAUGAAAUUCGCUUACUAUCAGUGCGUGAAUUCUACCUAGCGAAGGCGCUAAGCGUUUUGGGCACUAGGAGCGCGCCUGAGGUUGGGCACAUAAACGAAUUUUACUGCGAGGAAAUAUGCUCGCUAAGCAGCGACACUUGGCAGCUGGUUAAAGUAUACAAUUCGAGCGCGUACAAACGCUCCCAGAAAGUAUGGACGCAACUUAUGAAGCAGCUAUCGAUUAUUGAAACUGUUGACGAUUUUGAGCAACUUUUAUUGCACUUAAAUGGUAGCUACAAAUUUUUCAAUUCAUACCAUACCCGCCUGCAGAAUGCGGUCAACAAUAUGCAAUUGGGCAAUCUAGCCUCGCGCGAUAACGCUACAAAUGUGCUUAGGCUAACGGUAGAUAUUGAUUGCGCUUACGCGUAUGAGGGCUGCGGUUUCCUCAAUGUGUUCGGCGCGCUGCUGUUUCAAGAAGAUGGUAGCCUGCGCCCAGUGCCCAUCAACGAGCUGAACGAAUGGCAAGCAACUUUGAAGCAGCUACAACAGCUGCUGUGGCACAACGCCGCGUUGCUCACGCCGCAGUACAAUAUUUGGCAAAAUAAUUUGCAGGUCGCGCGAACCAGCGCAACAAAACUGCUACAUGAAGUUUCAUAUGUAAAGAAACUGUGCGAUAGUUUGGAAAACGAGAACUUCAGCGAAUACAAUGAGAGCUUUCAAAAACUUGUGCAGCACUUAACGGAUGCGCUUGCUGCAGCGACGAGCGCGCUUAACGCUGAUUGCAGUGAGGCGAAGCGCGGCGCACUUUACUACCAGUCUGUGCAAUAUCAGGCUGCUUUGCUAAGCAGUUUAAUUGGUGCCAUUGAAGUUUGCUUGCUUACCUUUACGCCGCUGAUAGAUCCCGUCGAAAAGAACCGCUUGAAGAACCUUUAUGUUGUCGAGGAUAUAAAUUGUCUCAAUACUAUGACGACUGCUUAUGAAUUUAUGCGAAUAGUCAUGAAAUACAAGCACUUCGGCGCUGAAAUAUAUGUCGCGCUAGAAGAGCGCCUGAAGCUUUUGCAAGCGAAGCAACAAAAAUUCGCGCAAAAAUUGGCAUUGCGGCCGGAAAAGUGUCUUUACAGCAAGCUGGUGGACGACAUAACGCACUACCUCAAUACGAAUUGCGCGCCACAGGCGCUGCUUGGGCUUAUCCUAAAUGCACAAAAAGCGUGUACGCAACUCAUGAGCGAUUUCCAUCCGAGCGCGGCUGCUCAAAUUCUAAAUACUAGCGCAGAAUUGGUGAACAAACUCAACCUGUGGAUAACGAAUUCACAGCGUUUCCUCAAUCACACACUGAAAGCGUACAUGGAUCACUACCAAGAUUUCGUACAGCCGUUGCAGUACUCCAUCGACAAGUUGCGCUACGGCUUUGAGGGCCUGAAGGUAGUGCUCACACAAGCGGGUGCCAAUAUUUUACAGCUGGGCAGCUUAAAGGUAUACACGAAUUUGAACUCGCAUGAUAAACUUUCGCUUGCCUUAGCCAAUAUAGCACAGUUUCCGGCUAUGCAGCACUUAAUGGAAACCGAUGUGAAGUUAUCCGCGCGCGACGUGCUCCAGCAACGUUCGUUUAUGAACACCGUAAUGAAGCAACUGCCACACAGCGAUCACAGCUACUUCCGGUUGCUCAAGGCAAAGCUCAUCGAAUUGCGCAACACCAUUACCAUUUCAAAGUACAUAAAUGAGCAGAUCUUCGGUGAGCUGGACUACGUUUUCAAUGUAUCGAACCACAUCUGGCAGGCUGAGGAAGAGCGCCGCCGCGCCAUGAAGGCUGAGGAGGAAAGCCUCUACGUGAAUAAGACCAAAUGCGCUGAGGAAGACGAGGAACUCUUGGAGCUGCAAGAAAUCGAGUCGCACUUCCCGACCAAUGUGGAAGAAGACUUUGGCGAAUUUCUGAUCGAAGCAACAUUGGAAAAGGUGGUGAAACUGGAUAAGAAGUCGAAUUUGAAGUCGCAAUCGACGCAAGUGAUACGCGAUGAGGACUACACAUUUCUCGCCACGCAUUUCAUUGAGUUAAUGGAGCAGUAUACGCGCGUUUACUAUCACAAGCCCACGAGUGCUGCUAAACACCAGCUGGAGUUCAUGGAACCAUUUGAAGCGCGCAUGCAGGCAUUUGUGCCGCUAUAUGCGCACUACAAGCGUGGCUUAAAUGAUUGGCUCACUGAAGCGGCGUACAAUAGCUGCACUUUUGCGCUGGCAUUGCAACAGCAACAGCUUACUAACUCUAAUUCUUCGCUGCUUGGAAGAACUGCGCAAGCUUACAAUUACUACAAAGACUCCAACAUACCAGAAAUAAUGGGCUGCCUUGACUUGCUGAAGGACAUUGAAGCGCAUGCCGAUGCGCAGCUGGCGUUGUACCCCGAGCAUGCCAGCCUGAUAGACAUCAAGCGUGUGAUCGAUAGGAUACGCACAUUGCCAGCUACAGCGCCGGUAGUGCGCUUCAAUACCGGCUUUCAGCUGCUGCGACAAAAGCUCGCCCAAUGGAACGAGGUGGCACACAAGGGCAAUCACAUGCGCCAGCAGGAAGUCGCUGUGGCUGAGUACGUGCAGCGUUGGAUGAAGCUCGAGCUGCAAUGCUGGCGCAACUGCUUGAAUCAAACACAGCGGAAGAUCGAAGCGAACGCAUACAAAUACUGGUUUUUCAUCUACCAACUGCUGCAGGAGUAUUUGCGCGAGCGUGCACUGGAUAGCUCUUACACUGAUAUAAGAACCACAGAGAAGCGUUUUGGCGACGGUGAAGUGCUCGAUGAGGCUGAAGUCGAGAAGAAGACAACUGCCAGCGCUGAUGACAUUGUGCGCAUACUACGACAAUUCGUAGAAGCAGCUAACUAUGGCGAUUUUCAUGUGCGCUUACAAUUUUUGCAAGCAUUCGAACUUUAUCUACACAAUGUUGAACACUUAGCAUUGCAGAGCACUCCCGUCGACGAUGCGCGCAUGCUAAUUGCCGGCUUGCGCAAUUUACAAAUUUACUUCGCGCAAUUUGCGCAAGAAAUCGGGGAGAGCGCGGCAAGCAUGCGCGCGCCCAUCGAGAAGAAAUUGAAGGAACUGGUGAAGAUAGAAAGCUACAAUAAGGAUCUGUCCUACUUCAGCAUGCGCAACAAUGUGGCGCGCGUGCAUCGCAAUCUGAAUAAAUUUCUAAAAGAAUACCAGCAGCAAUUGCAGCAGAAGAUUACGCCAGUGUUCCAGCCCAAAGAUGCCACCGUUAAGGAUUACAAUUUUGAAAAUGAUAAAGGACGCGAACUGCGCUAUGACACGCGCAUCAAGUAUUACCUGGUGGAAGUUAAAAAUUUUGUCGCGCCACAAAAACUGGCCGAGAAAUUCGUUUUAGGCGAAGAAGCGGCUGUGAGUGAACUACCACCACUCGAAGGGAGCGAACAAAGUCUACUCAAUAAGGUUAGUCGGCUUUUCAAAACCACGCGUAACGUAGUAAAGGAAACAGUUGGCAAUGCCAGCUUUUCCAAGCUAAUCAUUGCUUUGGACAGCGUGCUUUGCGAACAGCUGGAGCGUUGCGAUGAGCUGCGCGCGCUCAGCGUGGACCGCAGCAAGGAGCGACCAAAGCAAGUUUUGGAAGCUAAGCAAAUUUUACAGCAAAAACGCAAAGGACUGACCGAUCUAUUCAAGACGCUUACACAACUUGGAUUGAGCUACAAGGCUGGACUGAUGGAGUUGUCAUUGCGUACCGAUUUCGACGAGUUUACGCUGCCGCCGUUCUGCAUUAAGACCAUGCUUGGCGCGCGCAACGAUAAGCGCCUGCACACAAACGUGCAGCACCUGAACGAAAACGUGGAUCGAUACUACGCGAAAUGCCAAUUCAAAUUAAGAUUGUUGCAGAAUAUUAUGUUGGCGCCGCUGUCCGAGUUGGGUCCGCCCAAUAUAGAGCGAAUAAAGGGCUUUGCAGUGGACAUGUUCCUUCUGGUGCAGAACCAGAGGCGUCUGCUCGCACAUACUAGCAAGCAAAUUUACGAUUUGGACAUACUAAUGCAGGAUAUUAAAGAGAUCUUUGAAGUGUGCUCUAUCUCGGCGAAAACCGUGGAAAGCUUGGCUUUCAGAGAAGCGCGCGACUCGUAUCUGGCCUUGCGUGAGUCCAUCUCUCGCAUGCGUUAUGUGAUGGAGCAAUUUAGCCUACUGCUGACGUGCGCGCCAUCUGGCGAUAGCGAAGCAAAUACUGUGCUGACGCAUAGUGAAAACCGCCUAUUGCAAAACUCUGCCUACUUCAAUGCAAUCAACGACAACUGUGAUGAUGUCAUCAAAACAGCAAAGGCCACCCUCGCAAAUAUGCUGAGUCACGACAAAGAAUUCUUGAGUGUCACUAAGGUGGCAGAGUACAGAGCAACACACGAUAAACUGCGUCAGACGCUGCAGCAAAUUGUCAGCAGUUUGAGAAGUGGCGCCGGCGAACCACUGCCAAUUGCCAAACCCAUUGUAGAAUUGCUCGAUUUCGUUGAGUCGUGCAGCAAACGUAUAUCCUCGCCAAAUGAAUUAACGCCCUCAAUCGAAUUGGAUAAUUUAGAUGCCGUCCUCGAAAGUAUUUUGCACGCUGUGCUAAUGGCUUUGCAGAAGCUUUACAAAAAGUACACAGAGGCGACCACUACGCCCACAGAGGAAUCGCUCUCGCCAAGCAAGGCGCGAAAUGAGCUGGAGUUGCAGGAGAAGCAUUUGAAGGAGCAGGUGCACGCGGCGCUGGAGUCCGAUUGGCAAACGCUGAAUAUUGUUAGUAUUGUCGAGCAGCUGUCUAACGUGCUGCUCGCUCUCAAGCACGCCACACCAUCCCAGUCGCAAUUGGGUUGCGCGCGCAAACUCACCACGCUCAUACCAAUAUUGGAGCAAUACUAUUUGUUGGCAGAAUACUAUCUCUUCCAGCAGCUGGGCGCGCACAAAGUAUCGGCGAAAAUGCUCUCCGUCAUGUUAACGGUGUUUGUGGAGAUCGGCAGCAAAGGAUUUUGUGUGCCACCCGACCUAAUGCAAGAUGAAGAGGGUCAAGGGAAAGAGCAGAAAGAAGGUGAAGGUUUCGGUCUGGAAGACGGCACAGGUGAAAAUGAUGCCUCAGACAGAAUUGAGUCUGAGGACCAGCUGGACGAUGCGAAACGGCCUGAAGAUCGAAAAGCGGAGGAGGGCAAACAGCCAGAAGAUUGCAAGCAGGACAAAGGCAUUGAGAUGAGUGAGGACUUUGAUGCAAAUAUGCAGGAUAUAGAAAAGCCAGAAGAGGAUGAUAGUGGUGAGUCGGAAGAUGAUGACGAAUUGGACAAGCAAAUGGGUGAGACGGGGGAGGAGGCAGAUAAGCUGGACGACCAGAUAUGGGGCGACGACGAAGAGAAGAACGAGGAAGAGGAAGAAGAGAAUGAACAAGAAGAGGAUCAAGGAAAGGGCACUAAGGACGAGAAGGACACGCACAACGACUUGGAUACGAAGAAUGAUGCCGCCAAUGAAAACGAUCAGGAAAACGAAGGACUCGAUGCGGCAGAUGAGCCAACGAAUGAAAAGCGGAAACAACAAGAGAAAGAUAUUGACAAUAUGAAGGAGCCUGAAGUGGACGAAGACCAAGCCAACCCCCACCACAAUGAACUGGAGGAGCCACCUGAACCGGAGGAAAUGGAUUUGGGCGAUAUGAAUGCGGAUGAUGAGAAAGAAGAUGGCAACGACGAGCGCGAGGGUGAGGAUAAUCCUUUUGACAUUGAUAAAAUGAAGGAGAAUAUGCAGGUGUUAGACGAACAAAGUAAAGAAGAUGAAGAAGAGUCAAAAGAGGAGGCGAAUGAAAACGAACCGAAUGUAGACGACAGUGACUCAGAGGAUGGCGAUGGCGACACCGAAUUGCGCAAGGACGAGAACAAAGAAGAAGAAGAAAAGCUGGACGAUGAAGACGGUAAAGAAGAACAAGAAGAAGGCGAAGCCGAAACGCAGACACGGGCCGAACAAGAACCUGAAGCACCGCCGGUGGAUAAGGAGGACGAAGAACAAGAGCAUGCCGAGAAGCCGGAAGAGUACGAGCAAUCCAAGGACAAAAUGAGUAAAGAAGAAAAUGUGCAAUCCGUGCCGGAAACGGAAAACAAAGGCACCCCAGAUCAAGUACAAAGUGAGAAUAAUGAGGACGUGAAGCAGGAUCAGAAAUUAGACGAGCAAGAAACCGGCGAAGAGAAGGAUGGAGUUGGACAGGCAGAAAAUGACACCAACGACGGUGGGCACCAAGGCAUUGCUGAGACCAAGGAGAAAGUGGCACAGGACGACAGCGUUAAAGAGCAAAAGACGCAAGAGAAGCGUAAACAAGGCAAAACUAAUGAGGAACGCACAUUGGGCGAAGCGGAGCAGAACAAAAUAAAACAGCUGAAAACAAUAGAUAAAAUGAAAGAGCAGCAACAAAAAGAAGAUGAAGAGAUCGAAGACGACCACGAAGCAGAUGCCGAAGAGUUCCAGCACGUAAAAGAUCCUAAGAACAGCGAUAAAACGACGCUUGACAAUGCCACGGAAGAGCAGUCAAAGCAGAUUAAGCAUCAAGAGGAUGAAGAGAAGCCAGAUGCUGAGAACGAGGAUGCAGAGAACAAUGAGGGCCUACAGGAAGAGGACGAAGAGGAAACAGUUAAGUCACCCGAAGAGGAACAGGAUCCCGAAGAGAUGAGCGCCGAGAAGUUUGACAAAAAAUCAGAUAAGCCUUCGAAGACUGAACGUAUUAAGGAUCGCACUGAGGCGCCUGAAGAAAUGGAAGUUGAAGGUGAAGUUGUGCAAACCAUGACGGUGACGCGUAGUGAUGAUACUUCGGCACAUUGCAACAAAGAGAUACUCUUGGAGAACCUAACGCGAAGUGAAGAAUUAAGCACAGCUGAACUGCUGGAAAUGCGCAGGGCGUAUCAACAGCAAUUAACAGCCAAUAAGACCUCUCUUCCAAUGCACGAGGAUUACGAAACGUGGCAAACUAUAUCGAAUCGCAUGGCGCAAAAUGCACGCGAACUGUGCGAACAAUUGCGUCUCAUUUUGGAACCCACCAAGUGUACACGUCUAAAAGGCGAUUAUCGCACCGGCCGUCGCAUCAAUAUGAAAAAGAUAAUACCCUAUAUAGCAUCACAGUUUCGCAAAGAUAAAAUAUGGUUGCGUCGGACGAAAGCAGCACAACGUGACUAUAAAAUCACAAUAGCCAUCGACGAUUCCAAAUCGAUGCAUCAUAACAAUUCGAAAACACUAACACUCGAGGCAAUCUCGUUAGUUUCGCAAGCGCUAACGUUGCUUGAAAGCGGUCGUUUGAGUAUUGUGUCAUUCGGUGAAUCACCACAAAUUAUACUCAAUCACACAGAACAAUUCGAUGGACCCAAAUUGGUGAAUGCACUUAAUUUUGCACAGGAUAAGACAAAAAUCGCUGAACUACUCGAUUUUGUGCGUACGGCAAACAUGGAAGAGGGUGCACUGGGCACGGACAAUGGUCUAUUCGAAAAUUUAUUGCUGGUACUGAGUGAUGGUCGCAAUAUAUUCAGCGAGGGGCGUGUUAAGGUGCGAAACGCAAUCAAGUUGGCGCGCAUGCAACGCAUAUUCUUAGUGUAUAUAAUAAUUGAUAAUCCAGAUAAUAAGGACUCAAUACUGGACAUACAAACCAUGGAGAUGCUACCUGACAAACGCAUUACUAUUAAAUCUUAUUUGGAAGAUUUCCCAUUCCCAUAUUAUGUGAUUGUACGCGAUUUGAAUCAACUACCUUUGGUGCUGAGUGAGGCAAUGCGUCAAUGGUUCGAAUUGGUGAACAGUGAAAUGUGAAGCAGCUGCGCCACCGGCCAGAUAUUUAAUAAGUUUUAUGAAAGCAAGUUAUUUGCAUAGCAAAAAUAAUCGUUUGAAUUAUAUGUAUAUCAUUGUUUGGUUUUUUUUUGAAAGCGAAAGAACUGUUGCAUUUAUGUUAGAAUGUUUGAAUUGUAUCAAAUAUAAAUUUAUUUAAGAUUUCAAGUGAAUCUGUGACGUUAAACAUGCUUUGCAAUUUACA